CAUUCUGAUGGAUCAACCAAGGGUAUUACCAGUGAACCUAUCGCAAUGGCGGCGACGCUUUCUUAUCUCCUGUCUCACCUUUUAUGGAUUUUCCUUCGACGAAAUAAGGGUUUCCUAGUGUAACCCGCCAGCUGGUUCUACAGCUACUCUGGCCUGAAAUGCUGAGGUUUUUAGACCGACCUCAUCAAACCAGAGCAAUUAGACUUCCUGUUGCUGAUAUAGCCGACGUAUGUCUUUACUAUCGCGCACCCUUGUGUGUCUCGAUUUCGUGCGAUUUCCCCUUAGCCGGCACCUUUAUCAUAACCCUAGCAAUUAGGGUGUUUUAUUUGAAAAUCGGCGGUCAAGCGGUUUGUUUCUAUAGAACUAGUUUCUUCUUCCGUUGCUUGGGGUUUCUUAUUAUCUGUUAACUCCAGGUAGUCCUCCGAGCGAUGGAGGUCACCAGCAAAGCCGCGAGGGAGGGGUCCCGCGCUGGCGGGGGAGGCGAAGCCUCCAGCGCGGGCGGGGAGAAGAAGGUGAAGGUGAUGCAGCGCGGGCACGGCAUUGCGCACCUGGAGAAGCUCCGCCUGCAGGAGUUGCGGAACGCGGAGCUAGAGCGGUCGCAGCAGCAGCAACAGCAGCAGCACCAGCAGCACCAGCAGCAGUUAAGACAGCUACAGCAGCAUCAGCAGCAGGAUCCCUCGAGCCUCUUAACCUCUUCCGCUACUGCUAUUCAAGCGCUAGGGCUCGGCGGACUUUUCUCCUUUUCGCCCUCCGUCGCUUCCUCCUCCCUUGCGUCUCUCUCCGCCCCUCUCGGCCCGCAUUCCGACAGCCUCGCGACAGCGGCCGCGGCGGCGGCGGCGGCGGCAGCUGCGUCCGAUCCGCUGUUGAGCAUCGCCGCGCGAAGGCAGUUGUCGCUGCUCGCGGCGUCGCGGUCGUUGUCAAGCGACUUCGUGGAUCGAAUGCGCGUGGGCGGAGACCGAUCUGUGGGCGGAGGAGGGAGCGGGGCUGGCGGAAGCUUAGGCGGAAGCAUUGGCGGAAGCUUGGGCGGGCUGGGUGCGGCGCUUGGGGGACUGAGCGGAACGACGGGGAGCAGUGCCGAGGGAAACGAGCGGGUUCCGCUAGACGUGGUUAUGGCAGCGUCGGCAGGCGCAGCUUUGGGUAGAGACGGAUUCCACAUGCUCGGCGGAGGCUUGGGCGGAGGCUUGGGCGGAGGCGGGGGUUCAAACCUCGACGUGGGGGCGUUUGGCGGAGCAGGGGGGCCGGGGGGCGGCAGUGUGGCCAUUGGGGCUGGGUACAACUCGUGGGAGGUCGACAGCAGCUCGCGCACCCCAGGCUCCCGCGGAACUGGGCUCGGCGCAGCAGCAGCAGCAGCAGCAGCUGCAGCGGCGGCGGCGGCAGCAACAGCAGCAGCGGCAUCGGCAGCAGGCGGGACGUCAGGAAUAGCAGCAGGGGCAAUGCCAGGGGGAGGACUUGCUGGUUCAACCCCCCCGGCUGCUGCGUCUGCUGCUUCCCACGGGCUAUCAAAUCUCGCCUCAGGCGCGAGCGCUGGCGGGGGGAGCGCGGGUACGGGCGCUGGGCCUGCGGGGGAGGGCGGAAGGGGCGCGGUGUUUGGGCUUGGGGCGGGGAGGAGGGAGGAGGAGGAGAAGGAAACGAGGGAAAGGCCUUUCCCCUUGCACACACAUCCGUUCACGCACAGCUCCCGAACCGUGUCCGAGCCUGUGAGUGGAGCUUCGGCAUCGCUCAUCGCGUCCCUAUCCUCCCGAAUCCUCGCCGAAGCUCACUUGCGCGAGGCAGCAGCAGCAGCAGGUGGUGCUGGUGGCGCUGGUGGUGCAGGGUCUGCAGCAGCAGCCGCAGCCGCAGCAGCAGCGGCGCAUUUUAGUAACCUAAACGCAGCAGCAGCAGCAGCAGCAGCACACCUAGGAGAUCUAGGAGACCUAGGAUCAACAGCAGCAGCAACAGCAACAGCUGCAGCGGCAGCGGUAGCAGCAGCAGCAGCAGCAACGGCAACCACCGCCCAGCUCUCCUCCUUCCAUGGCCAGGCGUUUUCCCCAUCCUCUCUAGCCGACUCUCUCCUCUGGAAUCGUCUCAAUACGGAAUCUCAUCUACAGGACUUAGCCCAAAGGGACUUAGCCCAACGCGAAUUAGCCCAGCGGGACCUAGCCCUGCGGGAAUUGAAGGCAGAGUCCCACCUCCGGGACUUGAGAGCAGCGGACCUAGCCCUGCGCCUGCAGCUUGAGGGGCGGUUAGGCCCGCUGGAAGCAGCUCGGCAGCUGGAAGCCGCCAGGCAAGCUGCUGCGGGGCUCCUGGGCGGAACAGGAGCAGGGGCGGGAGGGGGAGGCGGGCGGAGGCGGAGAAGGUGGAGGAGUGGAAAGCAGGCCACGAUUGGGAUGUGGUUCGGGAACCGAGGCUGGCGAAAGGGCGGGAAGUGGGGCCGGCGGAGGUUCGGGAAGUGAGACCGGCGGAGGUUUGGGAUGUGGGUCAGGUGGAGGGACGGAAAGUGGGGAACGAUUGGGGAUUGGCUCGGGAAGUGAGACCAGCGGAGGUUCGGGAAGUGAGACCGACGGAGGUUCGGGAAGUGAGACUGGCGGAGGGUCGGGAGAAGAGGCGGAAAGACGAAGAAGAGGAGGAGG